AUGACGACCACCUUCUCCUCCCUGCCCAUUGUCGACGUUGGACCUCUCGGGUCUCCUUCAGGAGCAUCAAAAGAGGAACUAGCAGCGCUCAGCAAUCGUCUCUACGAGGCUUUUGCCACGACCGGAUUCGCCUACCUCGUCAAUGUGCCCUUAAGCUACAAACAUGAAGAAGUCUUCAAAAUGUCUCGAGAAUUCUUUGCGCUCCCAGAGGAAGAAAAAAUGAAGCUCUCCAAACGAUCUUUCCGACGUGACCAUCACAACACAUAUCGAGGAUAUUUUCCAACACAGCCAGAACUAGCGAAUGAUAACCUCAAAGAAGGCUUCGAAAUGGGUCCCGCGCAACCAAUACCCACGCAAUCCACCACUUCGCAUUCAUCUAAAUUCAAUUUAGCUGAGCCAAACGUAUGGCCCGAUGCAAAUAUUUUCCACUCCCGAUCGCAGUUAGAGAUUCUCUACGCCGAACUCCAAGCCCUCGCAUCCAAACUAUUGUCCCUCCUCGCUGUUUCAUUGGGCAAACCGAAAAACUAUUUUGCGCCAUACCUCAACGACUCCCUAAGCACCCUUCGACUACUGCAUUAUCCAGCUGUAACAUCGGCCGCGUCAGGAUCCAAGCCCAUGGGGUCAGAUGAGGUCAAACUCAGCUGUACGCCACAUACCGACAGCGGCAUUCUAACUCUCUUGCAUCAGGAUUCGACUGGCGGACUAGAGGUGCGAAACUCCACUGGCGAGUGGGUCGCAGCACCAUACAUCCCUGAGUCCCUCGUGGUCAAUAUUGGGGAUCUAAUGGCUAAGGUAUCCGGCGGACGAUUCGUUGCUACCAUGCAUCGGGUUCGUGCUCCUGGGCUUCGCCCCUCAGCCUCUUCAAUUGCGUCACAGAACAGCGAAUCUCCAGCAUUGGGACGUAUUAGCGUCCCUUUCUUCUUUGAGCCUGGAGAAAAUUGCCUAGUUCGGUCUGUCGAUGGCGACGAGGGGUUCGUCUUGUACGGAGGGCAUGUUCGUGAGAAAAUGAAGACCUGGGUGGAGUUUCAGGACGAUGUAGACAACUAG